UUUUUUUUUUACUUUUUUCCUCCACAAAACAAAACCCUCUACUCUUUCAAUUGUUUUUCUCCAUUUGGGUUCUCUGCUGCAGCUGACGAUUCACCCUCAACAACUCGCUCCAAACUCAGAUAAGUUGGAACCAAAUGGACCACAACGAUGAUUGCAACAGUGACCCUUCAGAAACUUAUGCAUACGGUCUCUACGGGCCUUUCGAAAAUCUUUAUCGUGUCGGUGAUGAAUACCAGACCAACAUCCCACCAUUGGUUACAAGCACCGAGUAUCUCGGUUCCAUCAAGAACCCCUUUAUCGAGGACGAAAAACCGAAGGCUGGAUCACCGUUUGAUUUCUUAAUAGGAUUAGAUAUACCAGUGGUUUGGAUCAAUCAAGUAAAGAUGGAAGACAAUGUGGAUUCAACACCUGAUGUUUCAUCAGAAAUCAAGAGCGUAAAAAUUAAUAAUUUUCUUGUUCCGGGGUGCGUUAUGGAAUCAUGGAGUGAAAUGGAGAAGGGUAGUUUUGUCCUUGGGUUGUAUAUUUUCGACAAGGAUUUUGUUCGGUUGAAGAGAUUUAUGGAGAGCAAAAAGAUGGGGGAUGUGAUGUCGUAUUACUAUGGUAAAUUCUACAGGUCGGAUGAGUAUAAACAAUGGUCGGAAUGUAGAAAAAGUAGAGGCAAAAGGUGUGUAUUGGGGCAAAGAUUAUUUAGUGGAUUGAGACAACAAGAAUUUCUUUGUCGUUUGGUUCCCCGUGUAUCUCAAGAAUGUCAGGAUUCACUUAUGGAGGUUUCUAGGACAUUUGGAGACUCAAAGAUAUCACUAGAACAAUACGUUACCUCCAUAAAAACUUUAAUCGGGAUGAAACUGUUCAUCGAUGCAGUGGCAAUUGGAAAAGGUAAGCAAGAUUUAACAGCAAACGCUGUUGAACCCACAAAACAAAACCAAGCAAUACACAUUCGCCCCGAAAUCCCAACCGGAAAAGCUUGUUCCGCACUCACUUCAACAGAAAUUAUCAAAUUCCUUACCGGUGAUUAUCGGUUAAGCAAAGCGCGAUCCAGUGAUUUAUUCUGGGAAGCAGUUUGGCCCAGAUUGCUUGCACGCGGGUGGCACUCAGAACAACCAAACGGGUACAAUUAUGCCAUAAACGGGAGGCAUUCUUUGGUGUUCUUGAUGCCAGGUGUGAAAAAGUUUUCAAGAAAACUAGUCAAAGGGGAAGCGUAUUUGGAUUCUGUUACCGAUGUUUUGAAUAAAGUAGCAUCUGACCCGCAACUUCUCGAACUUGAUAAUGAACAAAACGGCGUGAGUGAAAUGAAAAUCGACGAAGACGAAGAAGAAGACGAGGAAGAAGAAAACGAGUUUUUCGGGAAACGGAAAAGCCAUUGUUAUCUUCAACCUCGAGCUCCGAAUCUGAAUCACGGGAACGUUUUAAUGAAGUUUACUGUGGUUGAUACGAGUUUACGAUGUGGAAAAAUCUUUAGGGUUAGAGAAUUGGAUGCCAUGAAGUUGGGUUUAAGAUCUCUUUCUGAUGAAAUUCGUAGCGAGUUGGUUUCUAGCGAUGAUUCAGACGGUGAAAACUUGUUUCUUGUGGAUCGAGAAACAAAUGCUAACGGUCAAAAGCCUGCUAAGAAACAGAAAACAUCGGGUGAACUGAAGAUUCUUGAAAAAAGACAUGUGAAGACUGUUAACGGUUUAGAUUCGGUCACAACGAAAGCCAAAACGAGCAGGAAAUCAAACCAAGAAAACGCAGUACAUCAUGCGAAAAGACGUAGGAGAUUAACCGCAUGCAUUCGUGUAGAUUCGAAGGCUGGCUCUAGCUUGGAUUCUCACGCGGGCUCGUCAUCUCAGGCUAAUAAUAAUAAUAAUCACAAAUUGUCAUCCAAUUUAAGUUUUACGUCAAGAUGCAGCUCAAUCGACACUGAAGAACAAAAUCAGCCUCACUCGAUGAAUUUAAUAGAUCUAAAUUAUCCCCAUGUUAAUUCCGAAUUUGAAAAUGGUGACUUUGUGACCGAAGUUAAAGACGAAAGAAACGAGCCGGGCCCACAGAAACAAUCUGAAACUAUUGUGGGUCCCAGGGAGCAAGAAAACGGUGGUUCAAGAAGGCAGGGUACGAGAAACAGGCCACCAACAGCUAGAGCAUUAGAAGCUUUUGCUAACGGGUUUUUGACUAUUAAUAGCAGGAAAAAGAGUAGGGAAGAAAUGAAAUCGAGAAGUUUCAAACAUACCGUUGGUGAAGUUGGGGUUAUAAGUGAGUGUAGUACGGGUGAUGCUUCUUCGGCUGUAAGAGGAUAUGAUGAAAAUGGUGAAGUUGAGAAAUAGUCGAAAACAACAUUCGUGUACAUGUUGCAGAGUGGGGUAACGUCAUCAAGAUUCGAUUUUGAUGAUGACCCAUGAAGAGAAAUUGGUUUGAGAUUUGACCCUGGUUCAGGUUGGAUUAGAUUUGGUUAUACCGUUGACUUUUUCUUUCCUUUUUUUAUAAUCUUUGACCUAUUUGAAUGAGAAUCAGGUAUAUGUAGGUGAACUUUAUUGUCUUGUUGUUCAUAUUACUGUUCUGUAACUAUUUGGAAGCAUGAUUGGAAUUAUUAUAAACUGAUAAUCAUGUGGGGAGGAGUUUGACUUUGA